AUGGGAAGCAAGCAUUCCAAAGGAACAACUGAUGGAAUGCCUUUUGCAGCUUUGCAGGAAGCAACUAACUACUUCGAUGAACGUUUGAUCAUUGGAGAGGGUGAUUUUGGGGAGGUUUACAGGGGUGUUUUGUGUGAUGGCACAAAGGUGGUCCUGAAAAGGCUGAAAAGGCGUUACCUUAUGUCCGGACAAGGUAUUGAAGAGUUCCGAACAAAAAUUGAGAUGCUCUCUCAGUUCCGCCAUCCCUAUUUGGUUUCAUUGAUAGGAUACUGUGAUGAAGGAAAUGAGAUGAUUCUAAUUUAUGAGUACAUGGAGAAUGGGAACCUCAGUAGCCAUUUGUAUGGAUCAGAUCUACGUCUUCCCACUAUGAGCUGGGAGCAGAGGCUGGAGAUAUGCAUCGGGGCAGCCAGAGGUCUUCACUACCUUCAUGCCAACGCAGUUAUACAUUGUGAUGUCAAAUCUACAAACAUAUUGCUUGAUGAGAAUUUUGUGCCAAAAAUUACUGAUUUUGGACUAUUCAAGAAAGGGCCUGAGCUUGAUCGAAUCCAAACUACCAAAAUUAUGAAAGGACCAAUGGGCUACCUUGACCCUGAAUAUUAUAGAACCCUAUGGCUGACAGAAAAGUCUGAUGUUUAUUCUUUUGGUGUUGUUUUAUUUGAAGUUCUUUGUGCUAAGCCUGCUGUAGGUCGUUAUCUUUCGAGGGAGAUGGUUAGUUUUGCUGAAUGGGCAAUGUAUUGGAUGAAGAAUGGGCAACUGGAAUGCAUCACAGAUCCCAAUCUUCUGGGAAAAAUAAGACCAGAUUCCCUCAAGAAGUUUGGAGAAACAGCUGAGAAAUGCUUAGCUGAUUCUGGUGUAGAUAGGCCAUCUAUGGGUGAGGUGCUGUGGAAUUUGGAGCAUGCACUUCAUCUCCAAGAGGCUGUCAUGCAAGAAAACAGUAUCAUCCCUCUUGGCAAGCUAUCACCGCAAAUUAAUGAUUUCAGUCAUGUUGAUGCCAGUUGUAGUGCUGCUCAGAUCGGAACAUCAAGUUCGUAUUGUGAUCUCUCUAGUGAUGAUGAUGCUAUAAGUCCGAGAUAA